AUGGAUACCCUUUUUCGAGCUGAUGGUUACUCCAAUUUUGGGAAUGAAUUCCUACAGCCUGACUUUGAUUCACAGCAUUCACUGUCUGAAGGAAAUCUUGUGAAUGAUUGCCAACUUGAUCACCUGCUCAACAAUGUCACAGGCCCUUCAAAUUUGUCAUCACUCCCUGAUGAUAUCAGUGCAACUCAAUGUGAACUGGAGGAUUGUACAGUUGAACGCGAUUACUUUGAUGGGGUCUUCAAGUAUCUGCAACAGAUGCUUAUGGACGAGGAGGACUUGGUGGAUAAGCAUUGUAUGUUACAGGACUGCUUGGCUUUCCAAUCUGCUGAGAAAUCCUUCUAUGAAGUUCUAAAUGAGAACCACCCUUCUUCCCUUGGCAGCUCUCCAAGCGCACUAGACAAUUUUGCUGAAAUCUGGCCUAAUGAUGUGAAUGAUCCUGUUGUUUCUCAUCACACCUUUCAGUCGAAUUUUCAGCUAACCACCCCUGCUGAAAGUUCAGAUCUUAGUGUUCAUUGCCUAGUGGACCCUUGUCUUAGUCCUUCCCAGACUCUACAAUCCUCUACUGAAAUGAAUAGCACUGUAGUUGCUGCUGGGGAGAAAUCAUCAAAUGAUCGGUCCAAGAAGAAGAACGCUAGACGUGAUCCUGAAGGUGGUGAUCACGACAAAGAUGAGCGUCCUAGCAAGCAGCUAGCAAGUCACACGGAUGAAAUUGAUAAUAUGGAGGAUUAUGAUGAUGCACUGCUCUGUCCUGCCAGAAACCCCAACUUUUAUGGUGAAUCUCCAGCAAGAGGUGGAACAGAAUGUCCAGAGAUUGAGGGAAGAAAGAAACAGCAAUACGUUCCACCAACAACAGCCAAAAGAGGAAGGCCACGUGCAAGUCAGAAGCAAGACAGCAUAAGGGAAGUAGUUGAUCUAAGGGACCUUCUAACCAGAUGUGCACAGGCGACUGCAAGCUAUGAUAGUUGGAUUGCAAAUGAAUUGCUGAAGCAAAUUAGGCAGCACUCUUCUCCUUAUGGCGAUCCUACUGAGAGAUUGGCUCAUUGUUUUGCCAAUGCUCUCGAGGCACGUAUUGCAGGGACGGGGGCAGCACUCUAUUCAGCAUUGACUGCUAAGAGAACACCAGCUGCAGAUGUUCUUAGAGCUUAUCAGGCUUAUAUGGAAAUUUGCCCAUUCCAAAGAAUGUCUAACGCUUUUGCUAACAAGUCUAUUGGCAGACUAACAAGCAAAGUAACAAGGAUUCACAUCAUUGAUUUUGGUAUACUAUAUGGUUUCCAAUGGCCAUGUUUCAUUCAGGGAAUCUCCCUUAGGCCUGGAGGGCCACCGAAGCUCAGAAUCACCGGGAUUGAUCUUCCACAACCAGGUUUUCGGCCAGCAGAGAGAAUAGAGGAGACAGGACGUCGCCUAGAAAAUUAUGCCAAGAGAUUUAGCGUCCCUUUUGAGUUCAAUGCCAUCGCAAAAAGAUGGGAUACUAUUACUACAGAGGAUCUUGUAAUUGACAAGGAUGAAAUACUAGUCGUUAAUUGUUUGUACAGGCUAAGAAAUGUGCCUGAUGAGACCGUAGUACCGAGCAGCCCGAGGGACGCUGUAAUGAACUUGAUCAGAAAAAUCAACCCUGAUAUUUUUGUCCAUGGAGUUCUUAAUGGGAUGUACAGUGCACCAUUCUUCCUCACACGGUUCAAAGAGGCUCUAUACCACUUCUCUUCUCUGUUUGAUAUGUUUGAGGCCACGCUACCGCGCGAAGAUCUAAACAGGUCAAUGUUCGAGAGAGAGGUCAUUGGAAGGGAUGUGAUGAAUGUUAUAGCUUGUGAAGGUACUGAAAGAGUUGAAAGGCCAGAAACAUACAAGCAGUGGCAGGUUCGGAAUCAGAGAGCUGGAUUCAGGCAGCUGCCCUUGAACAAAGAAAUCAUUAGAGAAGUCAGGGCUAAAGUGAAAUCAUCUUACAACAGACAUUUUCUGGUGGAUGAAGAUAGUGAUUGGAUGCUGCAGGGCUGGAAGGGUAGAGUCAUCUAUGCUCUCUCUUGUUGGAAACCUGCAGGCUUAUAAGUUGAUGUAAUU